UCGUUCAUUGAUUACGAUGUUAAUUGGUCUGUGGAUAUUGAGGAAAUGUCAACAGCUCACGAAUUAAAAUUACCAGAGAGAAUAAUUAAAAAGUUACAUGAACCAUUGUCAGUAACUGACUUAUCUUGGAAUUGUAAAGGAAACAUGUUGGGUGUGAGCUUUGGAAAACCCUCGGCUAGUGGGUGGUGUGUUGAUCCAGGAUAUAUGUGUUUCUUUUUGAUAAAUCCUGAUAUUUAUACAGAUUACAACCUAGAACCAAAAGUUACAAUCGAAAACGAAGAGAGUUACGUUAUGAAAUUAGCAUUCCAUCCAGAUAAGCAUAAUAUUAUUGCAGCAGGUACAUAUGAUGGAGGUAUUAAGGUUUACAAACUUCAUCAGGAUACAGACAGUCUUCUUUGCCAAACCUCAAUUGAAUCCUACUCCCAUAGAGAUCCAAUAACUAGUCUUCAAUGGGUAAGAAAUAGAUAUGAUGACUCAUUUCUUAUAUUGAGUAUGAGUGGAGACGGAAAAAUAUUAUUAUGGAGUUUACAUAACAAGCUAGAGCAACCUAUUCACGCGAUUGCCCUGAAUAGCCCACUCAAGUCUACUCCUUUGGGUGGUUCAUCACUUUGUUUUUUAAAUUUAUUUGGCAGUAGCGCCCUAUCUCAAAAGAAAACACCAACACUUGACAGCUCAUUUAUUUUAGGAACAGAAGUUGGAAAUGUGUUUAAACUAUCGAUAUCAGACUCUAAAAUGAUUAGCACCAGAAAAAUGGCUACCUUAAAGAAAACAAAUGUAAACUUUAAGGAAGAAAAGAUGGAAUCUGAAUUUGACUCUGGAACUGGAAUUAUUUACACUCUUGAUGCCAAUACUUUUAAUAAGGAUUUAUUUAUGUCUUGUUGCAGUGACGGAUUAGUAAGGAUAUAUAAUGCUUUCAGAACAAAAGAUAUUCUAACUUUGCAACCAUCCACUGAUCCUAGUAGUUGUUCUAAAUUCUCUCCAUUUCGUCCAAUGGUAGUUGCUGUUGCCAGCUCCAAUGGACACCUAUACAUGUUCGAUCUCUUAGAGUCCACAACUGAGCCAAUUAAUGAUAUUGACGUUUCACAAGAUGGAAAGGCUCUUUCAUGUCUAGAGUUCAACAAACAUAAUCCAAUGCUAAUGGCAACAGGAGAUCUUCUAGGAAGAACAAAGGUGUUUUUAAUAAGCAACAGACUUUCCCAA